AUGAAGUUUACUGCUAUUGUUGCAGCAUUCGCUGCCCAGGCUGCUGCUGUCAGCGUUUCCGGCGCAGCUGAGGGUUUCGCCAAGGGCGUUACUGGCGGCGGGUCCGCUACUGCUGUUUACCCCUCUACUACCGAUGAGCUGGUCUCCUACCUUGGUGACAGCGAGGCUCGCGUCAUUGUUCUCACCAAGACCUUCGACUUCACCAACACCGAGGGUACCACUACCGCCACUGGUUGCGCUCCCUGGGGUACGGCCUCUGGCUGCCAGCUUGCUAUCAACCAGAACGACUGGUGCAGCAACUACGAGUCGUCUGCCCCGUCUGUUUCGGUGACCUACGACAAUGCCGGUACUCUCGGUAUCACCGUUGCCUCCGACAAGACCCUGAUCGGCUCUGGCUCCAGCGGUGUCAUCAAGGGCAAGGGUCUCCGUAUCGUCAGCGGCGCCAGCAAUAUCAUUAUCCAGAACAUCGCCAUCACCGAUAUCAACGCCAAGUACGUCUGGGGUGGUGAUGCCAUCACCAUCAACGACAGCGACAUGGUUUGGAUUGACCACGUUACCACCGCUCGCAUCGGUCGCCAACACAUCGUCCUGGGCACCGAGUCCUCCGGCCGCGUGACCCUGUCCAACAACUACAUCGACGGCAGAACCUCCUACUCCGCCACUUGCGACGGCUACCACUACUGGGGUAUCUACCUGGACGGCUCCAGCGACCUGGUCACCUUGAAGGGUAAUUACAUCUAUCACACCUCCGGCCGCUCCCCCAAGGUCCAGGGCAACACCCUCCUGCACGCCGUCAACAACUACUGGUACGACAACAGCGGCCACGCCUUCGAGAUCGGCUCCGGCGGCUACGUUCUGGCUGAGGGCAACGUCUUCCAGAACAUCGAUACCCCCGUCGAGUCGCCCAUUGAUGGUCAGCUCUUUACCUCGCCCAGCACCAGCGCCAACACCGUCUGCAGCAGCUACCUCGGCCGUGUCUGCCAGGUUAACGGAUUCGGAUCCAGCGGCUCUUUCAGCCAGAGCGACACUGGCUUCCUGUCUAACUUCUCUGGCAAGAACAUUGCUUCUGCUACUGCUUACACCUCUGUUGCUUCCAGCGUUGUUGCCAAUGCUGGCCAGGGUAAACUGUAA